AUGGCUGACUCCCAACGCUCUCGAGUCUUUUUUGACAUUCAAAUCGGUGACCAGAAGGCCGGUCGCGUUGCAUUUGAACUGUUCAAUGAUGUCGUUCCCAAGACCGCAGACAACUUCCGUUCUCUCUGCACUGGUGAGAAGGGUAUUGGUCAACAGGGCAAGCCAUUGACUUACAAGGGCUCAAUCUUCCACCGUGUGAUCAAGCAGUUCAUGAUCCAGGGUGGUGACUUCACAGCAUUCAACGGUACUGGCGGCGAAUCCAUCUACGGCGAGAAAUUCCCCGACGAGAACUUUGAUCUUAAGCAUGACCGUCCCUUCCUCCUCUCCAUGGCCAACUCCGGUCCCGGUACCAACGGCAGUCAGUUCUUCGUUACUACUGUCCCUACCCCUCACCUUGAUGGAAAGCACGUUGUUUUCGGUGAGGUGAUCAAUGGAAAGAGCAUUGUUCGCAAGAUCGAGAACAUGAAGACCAACUCCGACAAGCCUGAGGUUACUGUGACUGUGGCGGACUGUGGUGAAUUCAAGGGCGAGGAAUAUGAGAACGCCAACAAGCGCAUCCAGGACUCGACCGGUGACCCAUACGAGGACUUCCCCGAGGAUUUCCCACUUGAUGAUCUGACUGCGCCUUUGGCUUUCAAGAUCGCAACAGAGCUGAAGGGAUUCGGAAAUGCUGCCUUCAAGUCGGGUGAGCUUGCGCUGGGUAUUGACAAGUACCAGAAGGGCCUGCGCUACCUGAAUGAGUUCCCCGAGCCUGGUGACAAUGACUCCAAGGAGCUUGGUGAGCAGAUGAAGGCAGUGCGUUUCACUCUCCACUCUAACUCCUCCUUGCUGGCUGGCAAGCUUGCGCACUACCGCGAUGCCCAGAAAUGGGCCACCUUCGCUUUGGGAGUUGCGGACAGUGCCAAGGCUAAGGAUGCCGACAGGGCUAAGGUGCACUACCGUCGCGCGGUUGCUCACAUUGGCCAGCGUGAGGAGGAUAAGGCUCUCGAGGACCUCAAGCAGGCUCUUGCUCUCGCCCCCGGUGAUGUGGCUAUCACCAAUGAGAUCACCAAGGUUAACAAGGCAGUUAAGAGCCGCGAGGCUAAGGACAAGGCUGCUGCUCAGAAGUUCUUCUCUUAG